CGGUGGGCGGGACCGGACCGAAUGCGAACAUGGCGGCGUCCUUAGACGAUGAUUUGGAGUUAAACAACCAGGAUUACUACUCUCUGCUCAACGUCAGGAAAGAGGCUACAUUGGAGGAGCUGAAGGCGUCGUAUCGGAGGCUGUGUAUGCUCUACCACCCUGACAAACAUCGAGACCCAGAGCUGAAGAGACAAGCUGAGCAGCUUUUCAACCAGGUGCACCAGGCGUAUGAAGUGCUGAGUGACGCUCACUCCAGAGCCAUCUAUGACAUCUUUGGGAGUAAGGGGUUGGAGGUGGAAGGAUGGGAGGUGGUGGAGAGGAAGAGAACUCCAGCAGAAAUACGAGAGGAGUAUGAGAGGCUGCAGAGAGAAAGAGAGGAGCGGAGACUGCAGCAAAGAACUAACCCCAAGGGCACCAUCAGCGUUGGUGUGGAUGCAACAGAUCUGUUUGACCGCUACGAUGAGGACUUUGAAGAGUUGCCAGGAGGAGGCUUUCCUCAUAUUGAAAUUAACAAGAUGCACAUUUCUCAGUCCAUUGAGGCUCCUCUGACCAACUCUGACACAGCAGUGCUGUCUGGUUCACUCUCUACACACAAUGGGAAUGGAGGGGGCAACAUCAACAUGACUGUGCGAAGGGUUACUUCAGCCAAGGGCUGGGGAGAGGUGGAGUUCGGUGCUGGAGACAUCCUUGGGCCUCUCAUUGGGUUAAAGGUGUUUCGCAAUGUCACUUCACGGUGUUUCUUGACAGCCCAGUGUGGUCUGCAGUUCUCUCCUCGAGGUCUGCGACCAAGCUGCUCUCUGAUGACAGCACGCCACCUGGACCAGAACACCAUGGGUUACCUCCAGUGGCGCUGGGGGCCAAAUAGCGCCAUGACCACCAGUCUGGUCCGAGACACAAAGAGCAGCCACUUCACUUUAGCUCUGCAGCUGGGUGUGCCACACUCCUACCUGAUGAUGAGCUACCAGUACAAGUUCCAGGAUGAAGACCAGACCAAAGUCAAAGGCUCUGUCAAGACAGGCUGGUUUGGCACCGUGGUGGAAUAUGGAGCAGAGAGGAAGAUCAGCAGACACAGUGUCCUGUCAGCCACUGUCAGCGUCGGCGUCCCGCAGGGAGUCACGCUCAAGAUCAAGUUGGCGCGUGCCAGUCAAACCUACCUGUUUCCAGUCCACCUGACGGAUCAGCUGCUGCCCAGUGCCGUCUUCUACGCCACCGUGGGACCCCUUCUGGUUUACUUGGCCAUCCACAGACUGGUUAUCAUCCCGUAUACACAUGCACAGAAAGAACAAGAGCUGGAGCUGCAGAGGAAAAGCUCCGCCACAGACAUCGCCAAGAAGAAGCAGGAGGCAGAGUCGGCUGUUCUGCUGAUGCAGGAGUCUGUGAGGAGAGUCAUAGAAGCAGAAGAAUCCAAGAUGGGCUUGAUCAUCCUGAAUGCCUGGUAUGGAAAGUUUGUGUCAGACACCAGCCAGAAACAGGAGAAAGCAAAGGUGAUCGACGUCACUUUGCCCCUGCAGUGUCUGGUCAAAGACUCCAAACUCAUCCUCACAGAGGCUUCUAAGGUUGGGUUGCCGGGCUUCUAUGACCCUUGUGUAGGAGAGGACAAGAGCCUUAAAUUGCUGUACCAGUUCAGAGGUGUUAUGCACCAAGUCAUCUCUGCAGACACUGAGCCUCUACGGAUACCCAAGCAAUCUCACAGAAUUGAAGCCGAGUCGUAGGAGCUCACUGCUGUUGAGGCACCAGAGGGCGAACGCAGAUAAAACAGACCUUUUGUGAACAGACGAACCCAUGAACGGAGAGAACACAUGAAAAAUAACUUGGUUUCUCUCCUUCAGUCCUCUUCUAUCAUAGUAUUAGUGAAUCUGUUUAUCGACUUCCUCCACCCCCUCCUUCCUGUGGACCAGGAGUCAACACAGUUUCUACGAGGUCUCACCCCUCGGGUCUCUGGUCGACCACACCUGUCAGAGUUGCUCACUUAUCUGCCUGCUGCUGGAGAUCUGAGAUUGGCUCUGAACAUAGUUUUACAUGUACACAGAGGGACCUGUGGUCACUGCGGACGUGGUGGCUGUUCCCUUCCAUGGUGAGCUAAAUGUACAAAGAUGCAUUUAAAAAUGUUUCUUGACAUUUGUCAAGACAGGUAUAGACAAAUAAGCUGUGCUGUAAUUUUAACCCUUAUCAUUGUUGUCUUUGUCCUGUAUGUUUUAACACCCUGGUAGUUGAAGCCUAAUAAUGUUAUAACAUACCAGUCAUGCAAAUGUUUAGAGUAACACUAUGCAGGACCAUGUAUUCAUGUCUGUGGGCCCGGGGUCGACCAUGUAACUGUUAACUUGUUGAAAAUGUCUCUUGCUAAUUUAUUUUGCCUUUCAUUGACAUGUCUGCUGCUGAUUCGGAAACAGGACACAAACUGGUGCUCGAAACUUGUAUAUGUGUGGGUUUGGAAAUACUGGGAGGGAAAGUGUUGGUGAUGUUCCGACCUAUAGACCAUACAAAGGUGGACGAUGCAUCUCCACUUCCUUCCACUAUCCAGAAAUGGAGCUAAAAUACCUGAAUACUACCAUCUUGCACAUUUAAAACCAGAGUCUGUGCACACCGAUGAUGAGCACUGUCAUAUGACAUUUCACCCUGAUUUUAUAGCAUCAAAUAACUAAUUAAAUUAAAACCAACAUGGAGCUCCAUGGGCUCAUGCUGGGGGAUAUUUCUCACAUCUCAGACUAGACUGCAUUUUAAAGACACAAAAUCCUCAUGGGUUUGAUUUGUGUGUGUUUAUUGAUUGACUCUGUGCAGUUUCAGCCAAAACCCUUUUUUUUUUUUUGUCCUUACUAUAAUUUUUUUGAAUGCUAUAGUUCAUGCAUCACUGGUGUGUAUCUGGCAGACAGCCAGUGAUAACAGUAAAUAUGGAUUUAAAAUGUGUUUCAAAUGGAGAUAUAAAUGAAGGAUCUUUUUUCUGGUUGGGAUGCGACCACUAGAGGGCAUAGAUCAACACUGUCUCUGCUGCUGAAGAGCUCACUGUGACAAUAACUUGUGACUGGACCUGACCUGAGCCACACAAAUCAUUUUACCCAGUAUAUGUGAAUUUGGUGUUAAAAAAACAGGAAUGUGCAUCAUUUCUGUGCCAUAUCUUCUACUACUCUUUGUUUUCUCUAUUCUGAGUUGAAUUUCUGAAAUGCAGUGCCACUUCUUUUUUGUAUAGAUACAUAAAGUACAGUUUUCAGACGUCAUGUUUAUGCCUGUCAUUAAGUGAUAAUCUAUACUGUUACUCACCUUUGGUAGCCAUUUUUGAUCAGUGAGGUGAAGCUGACAUGAAAUCUUGUAUCCCAUGAUGCACUUUCUUUUGAGAUGUAGUUGUGUGGCGGAGAUGUCCCAAUGUGUGUCCACUGGAGGUGGAUUUGCACUGUAACUGCAAAGGGAAGAGUGAGAGUUAGUCAUUCCUCAUUUUAUCUGGGAACGCUGUAAUGAGUCAUGAUCCCUGUGCACUCGACUGUAUGAUAGAAAUGAUACAAGUAUUUUACUGAACACAAUAUUUUGCACAAAAUGUACAGUAUUUAAAGCAAAACUGUGUCUACUUGGGAAAUAGCUCUUCAUUGAUCUCUCAUGCAGCAGUGAUUGGUCCAUUUGUCUUCACAUGGCGUAGUCUCCUGAUAGAUUCUGAUUUUGCCAUUAGUGGCAAAUUCAUGGAUCUUCUGUCUCCACAGUGAGAUAGUUGUGUUAACUUUAAGUCGCAGUUACAGCAGCCAUUUUGCACUGAACCUGAUUCCAGUUUUGUCUCCUUUUUAAUUAUGAGUUGUCUGUCAAGCAUUUUUACAGGUCGGCUCUGCUCUAGUGCCACCAUGAGGCCAGCAGAAAGACUGCACCCUGCUGUUGCUUCCCAACCCAUCAUCCGAACUGACCCACGUUAUGUAAAUGUACUGAAUGGUUGAGAAGCCUGUAUUCUUUGUCCUGUAAAGACAACAGUAAAUGUGAA